ACUACCCAGUGAAUGUCUAGACUGACGGAAGAAAACAAUUAAGCGCAACAGACGAAAGCUCGAACGAAAGAAAAAAGCUGUGAGAAACCCACCGACCUUGAAGCCACGACCUCUCACUCAAGACACACAGGCUGCUACUAUGAUGUCUGGCUCUACCCAGGAAGAGGUGGACUUGCCUGCCAAUCACACAGGUCCCAAAGGUGUAAUCAAUGACUGGCGGAGGUUUAAGUUGGACAGUGUGGAUCAGACUGUGCCUCAAAAGAAGAGAGAGCUGCUAAGACAAAUGUCCAGUCCUCGAGAGGAUGACAAAGAAAGACCCCUCAGAAAGAUGAGCGUUCAGGAGUACGAGCUGAUAAAAGAGGAGGAUGAGCACUGCCUGAAACGCUACAGAAAGCAAUGUAUGCAGGAAAUGCAUGAGCGCUUGAGCUUCGGCCCCAAGUUUGAAGAAGUCCACGAGCUUGAGAGUGGGGAAGCCUUCCUGGAAGUCAUAGAGAGGGAACAUCGGCAGACCAUUGUGGUAGUCCACGUCUACCAGCACAAUGUCAACGGCUGUGAACAGAUGAACUCGUGUCUGGACUGCCUUGCGAUGGAGUACUCCAGUGUUAAAUUUUGUCGCAUUGAUGCUGUGGCAACAGGAGCUGCUGAGCGCUUUCCCUCUGAGGUUCUCCCUGCCCUGCUGGUGUACAAGGAGGGUGAGUUACUGGGCAACUUCCUGGCUGUUACCAAACACUUCAGCGAAGAGUUCUUUGCAACGGAUGUGGAGGCGUUUCUCAAUGAAUAUGGCCUAUUACCUGAAAAGGACUUCACAGCAUGUGCUGAUGAAGAGGAUGACGGAGGGGACGUGGAGUAGAAGGAGAAGGAAACAGAUGAGAGGAAAGACAAAAAGGAGAGAGGGGAGGAAUUGUAUUAGAGGGGGGUGGAUAGAAGUAGAGGAAAAUGACACAGGAAGAGGGGAUAUAACAGUAAGGGGACAAAGGAAAGGAGAGCCGAUGAAAGGAAUUGUGGGAAGUAGUGGAGGGCAUUAUUUCAAUCAGGAUACACACCUUAGAGAAAAAGCAUAUAUAUAUAUAUUGUAUGUACAGACAAACACACACAUUAAUAAUCAUCUAGCGGCACACACUGAACAUGGAUUGUAUCUAGAAGCAGUUAGGUGUAAAUCG